ACGGAGCAGAGCACAAACCUGAGGGUGUUUGGAAAUUGGAAGAUUUGGUGGCAUACUAGAAUCAAGACCCGAAUCCUGCUCGAGAGAGAGUGGGAGAGGUGUCCGGGAUGUGGGAUCAGAGACUAAUAAGGUUGGCCGUGCUGCAACAGCUUCGGGCUGUCUAUGGCAUUAAGGUCAAGGGUGGCCGUUGGCCGAGCAAUCGCAAGAGACACGAACCAGCAGCUGCCGAAACAGGGGGUAAAGUAUUUGGAGUACCUUUUAUUGCUUUACCCCACUCUUUUGUACCAGAAUAUGGACACAUUCCAAGCUUUCUUGUUGAUGCUUGUACAUCUUUAGAAGAACAUGUUCAUACAGAAGGACUUUUUAGGAAAUCAGGAUCUGUUAUUCGUCUCAGAACAUUAAAGAAUGAACUGGAUCAUGGGGAAAGUUGCCUGUCUUCUGCACCACCAUGUGAUAUUGCAGGACUUCUGAAGAAGUUUUUUAGGGAGUUGCCAGAACCCAUUCUCCCAGCUGAUUUGCAUGAAGCACUUUUCAAAGCUCAACAGUUAGGAACAGAGGAGAAGAAUAAAGCUACAUUAUUGCUCUCUUGUCUUAUGACUGACCGGACAAUUGAUAUAUUAAGAUACUUCUUUAACUUUCUCAGGACUGUUUCCCUUAGAUCCAGUGAGAAUAAGAUGGAUAGCAUCAACCUUGCAGUAAUAUUUGCACCAAACCUUCUUCAGACAAGUGAGGGACAUGAAAAGAUGUCUGCUAACACAGAAAAAAAACUCCGAUUGCAGGCGGCUGUAGUACAGACUUUUAUUGAUCAUGCUUCAGAUAUUGGACAUGUGCCAGAAUGUAUCCUGGAAAAGAUACCAGCUAUGUUGGGUAUUGAUGGUCUCUGUGCUACUCCAUCGCUAGACGCCUUUGAAGAAGGUGAAUAUGAAUCUCCUGGUGAGUGUAAGAGAAAGCAAAGACAAAGUGUCGGAGAUUUUGUUAGUGGAGCUUUAAGUAAACUUAAAUCUAACCGAACACCCUCUUUUACACCUCAGCAAGAAAAAAUCGCCCAGGUGUCUGUAUCACCGAUGAUUCUUACACCAAAUGCUAAGCGUAAACUACCAGUAGAUUCAUCUCACGGCUUCUCCAGUAAGAAAAGGAAGUCCAUUAAGCACAAUUUAAACCCUGAACGGUUGCCAAGCAGUCUCUUCAGUAGCAGCUCUACACCAGCCUCAGUUCAUUUUGAUGCAAGCCCAGAAGGGUCAUCUCAAAGUUCACUCACUCCUGUAACCAUUGAUGGGAACCAGAUCAGUACAGGUGUCCACAGGAGAAGUAAAAGGAUUGCAGGCAAGAAAAUUUGCAGGGUAGAAUCAGGAAAAGCUGGCUGCUUCUCUCCUAAAAUCAGUCGUAAAGAAAAGGUUCGAAGAUCUCUUCGUUUGAAAUUUAGUCUGGGGAAAAGUAGCCGAGAUGUUAAUGGAUGUUGUGGUAUCAAUAGAUAUGAAAAUGUUGGUCGAAGACUUGCAAAUCAACAAAGUUUUAAAAAUGGGAUUGAAUCUGUUAAAACAGGUCUGUUUUUUAGCCCAAAUAUUGGUGAAAGAUUAACAAAGAAAGGUUCAAAAAAGAUCAGUAAGUCUGAGGAAAACUUGUUAACUCCUGAGAGACAAGAUGGAACAAAUUACCGGAUGUCUUGGACAGGACCUAGUAAUUCAAGUUUUCAGGAAAUAGGUGCAUUUGAAAUAUCUCCGAUAGUAGGAAAUCUGAGAGUGGAGCCUGAUCUUGCGGUUGAGAAGUCAUCUGUUACUUCGUAUGAACUCACCUCUCCCAAUGUACACAGUCAGCAUAAUAGUAUUGAAAAUAAAAACACUCUUAGCGAGGAUGAAAGGAACUUGACCACAGAGACUUUAGUGAAAAUUCAGAAAGCAUUUUCUGAAUCUGGAAGUAAUCUUCAUGAAUUGAUAGAUCACAGAAAAUCAUCAAUAAUUAUUGUGGAGAAAGUAAAAUUAAAUGAAUCACGAAAUGUAGAACAUAGCCCAGAGAAAAGUCUGUUUGAAAGUAAUGAUUUAACUAUAACAGAAUUAAAGGAAAAGUCCGAGCGCCACACAAGUAAAGAUGAAACCAGUUUUUCAGAGAAAGACUUCUCACCAUACAAAACUCAAAGAUUUGACAAAGAAACGACUGUAAAAUGUUAUUCAACUCAGAUGAACAUGGAAGCUGAACACAGUGUUUAUUCAGAUAUACUGAAAGAAUCUUCAAGCAAACAAGUGUCUCCUGGUGAUGAACAAAUAAAGAAACAGGAAAUCCCAAUAGAGACGCUAAAUACUAAAUUAAUGGAAAGUGAGAAAAUAGUUAAUGAAAACUUACUAAAACACACAGCUUCUAGGGCAGAUGUAGCUAAAUCAUCUUCCUUAGAGCACAUUACAUGUAAUAUAUCAAACUUAGCAAAGCCAAAGUCUGUGAGAAUUGUUAAGCAGCAGUCACUGGUGGAAGCGUGUGAUAAAAUGGUUUCAGAAAGUGCACAGAUAACAGAGAUUGGAAAGGUUUCAGACCACAUACAAUGGUUUAAUAAACUUUCUUUAAAUGAACCAAAUAGAACAAAAGUAAAGUCACCUCUGAAGUUUCAGCGUACCCCUGUCCGCCAGUCUGUCCGGCGAAUUAAUUCUUUGCUGGAGUAUAACAGACAACCUGUGAGGCCUAAGCUGGUGAGUCAUGGAGCUGCUGCCUCUCCGCUGGUGAAAGCAGUGAGCUGUGAUAGUGCACUUUCACAUGUAGAGAAUAUGCCCCAAGAUUCCUCUGUGGGAUGUGACAGCUCAGGUCUUAACCAACAGCAGUCUAUGUCACAGGAACAGCCAAGCAUGGAAUUAGCUUCUAAAUCUUCAUCAAAGCUGAACAGGCACCAAAGAGCCUCAGUGAAUGCUUCUCUUGGGCCUGCUAGAAUCUGUAAAGAGAAAGUGAUGUCUCAUGACCAAAUUAAAGUUCCAUUGGAUGACUUGACUAAUUAUGGUAUAUUAAAAUCUGUUGUAAAUAACAAUAUAGACUUUUCUUCUGAGGCAAGUAACAGAGUCCUAAGGAAAUCAUCAGAAAGAGAAAGGCCUUGGUAUAAAGGUUCUCCCAAAAAUCCUAUUGGAAAAGUUCAACUGUUACCAAGUAAACCCGUAGACUUGUAA